AUGGUCAGUAAUUUUUUCACAGGCAGCAUUCCAUCUAGCAUGGGGAAGCUUCAAAAUUCGCAGUAUCUGAGCUUGGCUAGAAACAGACUUUCAGGGCAAAUUCCAUCCUCCCUCGGAAACAUUUCUCAACUGAACCGACUAUAUUUAAGAGAGAACAACCUCCAUGGAAGCAUCCCUUCGAGCUUGGGAGAUUGUCGAUCCUUGCAAUUGAUGGACCUUUCUUUCAAUAACCUCAGUGGCACCAUACCGAAAGAAGUCAUCGGGCUUUCAUCACUAUCCAUUUUCCUCAAAUUGGGUAGCAAUUCUCUAACCGGAUCUUUACCGUUGGAAGUAAGUAAUCUGAAAAAUAUUGGGGGAUUGCAGCUCUCAGAUAACAAAUUGUCAGGUGAAAUUCCUGGAGCAAUGGGCAAUUGCGAAAGCCUGGAAUUCCUUGAAUUGCAGAAUAACUUCUUUCAAGGAACCAUCCCUCCAGCCUUGAGCAAUUUAAAAGUCUUUUUAUCAUGUUUGAUUGCUACUCUUUGCUGGAUGAGAAAGUCAAGAAAGAAAUCUUCUCCAAAAUCGACACUAGAGGAUCCCCAUAUGAAGAUUUCUUAUGCUGAGCUCCACAAAGCAACUGAUGGGUUCUCUUCAGGUAAACUGAUUGGUGUUGGAAGUUAUGGUUCAGUGUAUAAAGGAAUUCUGGAUCACAACGGAAGGGUUAUUGCAGUGAAGGUGAUCAACCUUCAGCAGAAAGGAGCUUCGAAGAGCUUCUUGGCUGAAUGUGAAGCAUUGAGAAACAUUCGACAUCGGAAUCUUGUCAAGAUCAUAACUUCCUGCUCAAGCUUGGAUUAUAAAGGUAACGAUUUCAAAGCUUUGGUUUUUGAAUUUGUGCCUAAUGGGAGCCUAGAGAAGUGGUUGCACUUGAAAUCAGAUGGACAGCAUCAAGUGAGGAAUUUGAGCCUUAUUCAGAGGCUGAAUAUAGCAAUUGAUGUGGCUUCUGCAUUGGAUUAUCUUCAUCAUGAUUGCCAAACGCCGAUCGCUCAUUGCGAUCUGAAGCCAAGCAAUGUUCUUCUCGAUGAAAGCAUGAGUGCCCACGUUGGAGAUUUCGGGCUGGCAAGGUUCCUUUCUGAAAGGACCACUCAUUUCUCUAAAAAUGAAACAAGCUCAGUUGCAAUAAAAGGAUCCAUUGGGUAUGUUGCUCCAGAGUAUGGUCUGGGCGGAGACGUGUCUACAUGUGGAGAUGUGUACAGUUAUGGGAUUCUUUUAUUGGAGAUUUUUACGGGAAGAAGGCCGACUGGAGACAUGUUUAAGGAUGGUCUAAGCCUUCAUGAAUUUGCAAAGAUGGCUCUACCCGAUCGAGUGUUGGAGAUCGUUGAUCCCCGGCUCUUAGAAGAAGAGGUAGAAGAAGCAAAUGACAGUCAAGCUUUCAACAAUCUACAACGUAGAGAGGACAAAAGACGUCGGAUGUGGGAUUGCUUGGUCUCAGUAAUCAGAACCGGAGUUGCAUGCUCUGUUGAAUCUCCGAAAGAACGAAUGCAGAUGAGAGAUGUUGUCAUGGAAAUGCAUGUAAUCAAGGACACGUUUCUUCAAGCUGGGGUCCACAGAGAAAGAUGAAUUCAGAGGACCAUUAAACUGGUGUUGGGCCCUACAUAGAGUGGGUGUCUGACACUUUCAUGUUCAAGAUGGACUUUUAAAGGCCCCGAUCACAGGUGGAAGUGAUCAGACCAUCAGAACUCUAAAAUGGGUGUAUCUUGCAAACUGGAAUGAGUUAUUCGAUUGUGCCAUAUAUGAUUUUGGGUAGGAGAAGCUACUUUAGCCACCCAACCCUGCUACCUCGGUCUACCCAUGCUGAAUUUGCAAGAUUCCACCAGAUCGAUGAUCGAAAAUCCUUUUUAAUUUCGUUUUUACUAUUUAUAUUAAGUUUUAGUUCAAUUAUCACUCUUCAUGCUUUAGAAGUUGUGCCAAACAUGAAAAGGGGUCUAAAAAUAGUGAGUUUACCACUUAUAAUAAGUCACCAAUUUCAGAAAA